UGCCGGCGGGCCUGCCUCUUGUUCGAUGUGCCUGCUGUGACUCCACCGCCAGCUGUGCGGGCAGAGAAAGGGCGGCAGCGACGGCGACCUCUGCCCAACAGCACCAACGCCAUCAGAGGGUGUGGAAGGAGAUGGACGCGAGGCCAGCGGGAGGGCCGCGCUUUUUCUGUCUUCACGCGACUCGGCGAUUCACGGUGAAGUCCCCCGAAUUCGUCCGAGUGAUCCGCAGGUCCGGGUCGAGGUACAGCACCUCGAACGAGCCGAAGGGCGAUCCUGGGCGGGUGGCGUAAGCCUGGUGCUCGAACACGUUCAGGAACGGCACGAAGGGAGGCCACGACGCGCUCGGUUUUGCAUCUAUGCCCCGAAUUAGCAGCUUCACCUGCUUGGGCGACUCCACCACCGCGGUCGUCUCCACUCCUAGCUCCACGGUGCCCCACGGUAGGGGCACUUCGACCAGGUUCGCCCCCCUGGCGUGCUGGUGCGGAGGCCGCCAGCGUCCUCGCAGAUGCGCUGCCCCGUCCGGACGCUGCUGGGCCUGGCCACGUCGGGGGCGUCGCUCCAGACCAGGUCCCAGUCGCCCCUGCGUGCUGCUUGCCUCGCCCGCGGGCGCGGGGUCGCCCCAUUGCCCGCGCCGGCUCCGGCGUGGGGUUCCGCCCCGCCAGCUCCAGCACCAGCUCCCGCAUCGAGCGCCGCUGGUCGGGGCUCAUGGCCGACCUCGCGAGCGGCGCACACGAGCUAUCCUCUCCUUCAGCGCGGCCGCGGGGUCCGGAGCCCUCCCAGCGGCAAUCCGUGGGCCGGCGCCCCGGCCCCUGCGGUGGCCGCCGCCGCCCGCGCGGCGGCCCGCGUGCCGCAGAGGGCGCGCGCGAGGGGCCCGGGCCGCACCGCGCACGCGAGGGCGAGCAGCGGCCAGGCGGCGCAGGCCGCGGGGCGGCCGCGGCGCCGCAUGGCGGGCGGAGGGGGCGGGGAGCGGGCUGGCGCGGGCUCGCAAGAAGAGCCCUGACAUCCUGGCGACUCCAUCCUGCUCGUGCCGGGCGUUUUCCCCCAAUGUCGGGCCCCACGGGCCCUCACAGGUCGCUGCGGCUCGAAGGAUGACGCAGAAAGAUAGGGCCUGGGGCUC